UGCCCGGAUUGAAGCUAGUCCUUUAGCAUCACAGAGCUCGGAGCUGCUCACUAUGGCAGCUGUUAUCCUCAGCUUCCCCACGCUACAAGGCUUCAGAAUAUUUACACAGAAACUGUCAUGGACCAAAAGAGGCGUCAGGCUGGCUUCAGGUGUGGCGAGGAUAGAGAAGGUCCUGAUCGCAAACAGAGGAGAGAUCGCGUGUCGUGUGAUGAGAACAGCUAAAAAGAUGGGCGUCCGCUCUGUGGCAGUUUAUAGCGACGCAGACAGACACUCCAUGCACGUUGCCAUGGCAGAUGAAGCGUAUCACAUUGGACCUGCGGCGUCUCAGCAGAGUUAUCUUUCCAUGGAGAAGGUUUUGGAGGUCGCCAAGAAGUCUGGGUCACAUGCAGUGCACCCUGGAUAUGGUUUCCUCUCAGAGAACACAGAGUUUGCAGAAGCGUGUAAAGAAGCAGGCAUCAUCUUCAUUGGACCUCCAUCUUCUGCCAUCAGAGACAUGGGCAUUAAAAGCACAUCCAAGCACAUCAUGUCGGCUGCCGGGGUGCCAAUCAUCGGUGGUUACCAUGGAGACGACCAAUCAAACGAGAGGCUGCAGGCAGAGGCGGCUCAGAUCGGAUAUCCUGUAAUGAUCAAAGCUGUGAGAGGAGGAGGCGGGAAGGGGAUGCGUAUUGCCCGGUCGGAAAAGGAUUUCUUGGAGCAGUUAGAAUCUGCGAGACGAGAAGCCAGGAAGUCUUUCAAUGAUGACGUAAUGCUGGUGGAGAAGUUUGUAGAAGAUCCCAGACAUGUGGAGGUGCAGGUGUUUGGGGACAUGCACGGUAACGCAGUGUAUCUGUUUGAACGAGACUGCAGCGUUCAGAGACGACACCAGAAAAUCAUAGAGGAAGCUCCUGGGCCUGGCAUCAGCGCUGAGGUCCGGAGGAGACUCGGAGAAGCAGCUGUUCGAGCAGCAAAAGCUGUGGACUACGUGGGAGCAGGGACAGUGGAGUUCAUCAUGGAUGCUCAGCACAACUUUUACUUCAUGGAGAUGAACACUCGGCUGCAGGUGGAGCACCCUGUGUCAGAGAUGAUCACAGGGACCGACCUGGUGGAGUGGCAGCUCCGGGUGGCGGCAGGCGAGCGUCUCCCUCUGCUUCAGGAUGACAUCAUCUUAAAGGGACACUCGUUUGAGGCCAGGAUCUACGCUGAAGACCCCAACAACGACUUCCUGCCAGGAGCCGGCCCCCUGCUGCACCUGUCGACACCUGCCGCGGACCAGAGCACACGCAUCGAGACAGGGGUCAGAGAAGGAGAUGAAGUGUCUGCUCACUAUGACCCCAUGAUCGCUAAACUGGUGGUUUGGGGAGAGGACCGAUCAGCCGCUCUGAAGAAACUCAGAUACUGUUUAAGACAAUACAACAUUGUGGGCCUAAACACAAACAUAGACUUUUUGCUGAGUCUCUCGUCUCACCCAGAGUUUGAGGCGGGAAACGUGAGCACCAGCUUCAUCCCCCAGCACUACGCCGACCUGUUCCCCACUCCGAGAGCUCCAUCUGGGGACACUCUGUGUCAGGCUGCCCUGGGCCUGGUCCUGCAGGAGCAGAGUGGAACUCACACAUUCACACAGCAGUCUAAUGACCCAUUCUCUCCGUUCGGCUCCAGCAGCGGCUUCAGACUGAACCUGGAGCUGAGCAGAAACAUGAGUCUGCAGCUCGGAGAUAAGAAGGUGGAGGUGGUGGUCACCUACAAUAAGGACGGGAGCUACACCAUGCAGAUUGGUGGAGAGCUGUACCAUGUGAGCGGGGAGGUGGAGUCAGAGGGCGGAGCGUCGUUUCUUCACUGCUCAGUGAACGGAGUCAAGUCCCGCCCCAAAAUCGUCAUCCUCAACAACACCGUGCAUCUGUUCUCCAUGGAGGGCAGUGCAGAGGUGUCUCUCCCGGUGCCCAAACACCUGGCUGGAGUGAGUGGAUCUGGGGCCCAGGGAGGAGCUGUGGCCCCUAUGACCGGCACCAUAGAGAAGGUUUUCGUGAAGGCCGGAGAUAAAGUUGAAGCUGGAGAUGCACUGAUGGUCAUGAUCGCGAUGAAGAUGGAGCACACGAUCCGAGCGCCUAAGUCCGGAGUGAUCAAGAGGGUGUUUUUCAGUGAAGGCUCUCAGGCCAAUCGCCACGCCGCCCUGGUGGAGCUCGAGGAGGAAGAAGAGGAAAAGGAGGCACAAUAAAACCAGGCAUAAACUAGAGCCAGGACUAACCAAGGACUUUAGACUACCAACAUCUCAAGUGGAUGAAUGCAGCGUGUGUUUCUGUGUCAGUAUCAUGUCUUCUGUCUGUCCAUCUUUCUCUUCAUUUUGUCUUCUAACUUUUAGGGCUGAACAAUUUUGGAUUUCAUUUUUCAAAUCAGGAUUCAGUCAAUAUUUAAAGAUGCACUGUGUAACUUAUCAGCCGGAGGGGUCCACCGCCUGCUCGUCUCCAGGGAGAUGUGAUCGCUUUGCCUGGAAUGUUCCACAGUUUGCCUUUAUACCUUUUACUGGCAAAAAACACUAUUUCUUAUGUGAGCAGGGUCACCUCUAUACAGAUCUGACCUGUCACUUGGUCUAGUUUGUUAAGAAAUGUUAAUGUUUCAAUAUGGAACAUUCUAAACACGGCAAUAACACAAGCAGGAGGUAGACCAUCCACCAGAAAUGUUACACAAUGCGCCUUUAAACACACACAGUGGCAUUAAAGUUUGAGAAACAAAUGAAAUCUGAACAGCUGAAUUGAUUUAAGGAUUGCGUUUAUCUCAGAACAUGUUUGUAGAGAUCUAAACUACAAAGGUUAACUGCUUUUUCCCCAUAAAGAGACAAUGUAUUUACUGUAUUUUCCGCACUAUAGGGGCUCUGGAUUAUAAGGCGCAUUGUCAUUGAAUGGUCUAUUUUUGAACUUUUUUCAAAUAUAAACCAAACCGGACUUUAAAUGAAACACAACAGUUAGAUAAGUCAGUCAAAGUUUAUUUAAUGCGUUCACAAUAACUCUCAACUUUGUUCAAUUGUAACACGUAAAAAAAUACUGUCUGAGACGCUAAAUUGUUGGUGUAUUCACAAUAAGUCAUAAUUGUUCAAACAGUUGGGCGAUUACAGCGUCCAGCACGUCCACAUCCCUCUCAUCAUUAUCCGAGUCAGUGUGGUUACUGUUCCCUGACAGUUCAGUGAUGAUUCUGGUCUUGGUGAAACCUCGGACCACAGUUGAUACUGAUCCUUAGCCCAGGCGUCCACGAUCCGUUGGCAGAUCGUGGCGUAAGUCGCUCGGCGCUGUCUCUCUGUCUUGGUGAAUGUGUGUUCGUCUUCUCUCAUCCACUGCUCCCACGCAGCUCACACUUUCACUUUAUAACAGUCUUGAGUUUAAGCGUGUUUCUUGACAGGUGCAUUUUGAUAUUAAAAGGAAUCAGUUUGUUUUACUCCUGAUGCUCCUGACUAUGGGAGCCAUAAUGCUGCAAGUGGUACGGCUUUGUAGUUUACUAAAGUCGUACUAAGACACCCCCUAUAAAUUCAUAUAUAAGGCGCUCUGGAUUAUAAGGCGCACAGUCGUUUUUUGAUGAAAUUAAAGGCUUUUAAGUGCGCCCCUGUGGAAAAUACGGUAGUUUGUGAAAAGUAAGGAAGUUUUUAUUUCUGUAGCGCUUUUCACAGACAUGUCACAAAGUCGCCACCACCAUCAUUCACGUACACGCCACUUUCAUACUAGGCAAUGUGGUUAAAGUGCCUUGCCUAAGGACACAACAACAGUUCUUGUGACUGGUGCCCCCUCAGACUCCUGAUUUUCCCAGGUCUCUCAUCCAAGUACUAACCAGGCCUGACCUCUGAGCCUCUGAGAUCUGACAGGAUCAGAGUGUAUGUAGCCUUGUUGAUUUCGUAAUAACUUUUUUCAAAUUCCAAUUUCGAUUUGCAAUUACUGUACAACCACUUACCUCCUCCCUGUCUGUCUCUCUUCUUUAACCUAAUAUUCAGUCUUUAAAUUAAAAAUAAAACAAUUGUAAGAGUGUUUUUGCUGGACUAACCCAUGCACCGUUACUGAUGGUUGUCAUUUAACCUGUAGAGUUAAUUCUAUUAUUAUUUAAGACGGGGAUAUGCCUGGGUUUAUGGCACAGACGUGAUGGGCAGUACAUGUGUAUUUUAAAUCAUUACAGACUGAAAAUAUUGAAAUAAAUUAAAAUUAUUCUGUAUACUAAAACUGAAAUGAAAGAGGAAUUACUGCAUUUAAUGAUCAAGUAAAAAAACUGCCUUAACUCACAGUAAAUUUUUUUGAAUAUGUUAUAAAUGACAUGCAAUUUAUAACAUUUAAAAACACUACUGUUACCAUGGUGACGAGAUUUACGACUAUUAAAAAGUGCACUAUGGAACAUUUCUGCUGGAGGGUCUGUCACCUGCUUGUAUUCAUGGAGAUGGUUUAGCUUUGUCUAGAAUGUUCUGCAGUCUGGCAUUAAACUUGUCUGUCAUUCGUUCAGUUAUAGCGAACAUUCUUACUGUGAGCGAAGUCGCCUCUCCACAGAUCUGACUUGUAGUUUCAUAGUGCACCUUUAAUUUUCAUUUCCGUUAAUUUUGUGUGUGUUUUUUAGUUUGUUUUUAGGUCAAAAGUCUGUAGUAUUUCUUUUAGACUGGUCCCAACCUUUAGAAACAAAAAUUAUUUCCUAUAAAAUGUAAAUCUUUCUGUGUUAAACGUGAAAUUGGGACUGAAAUAAAAACUGUAAAUACACACUCCUGUUCUGUACACGGAGCAGAAGCUCAUUUUCAUCAUGUGAUUUUGUUCUUUUACUGAAGUGGCCUUUUUCAGAUCAACAACUGUAUUAUUCUGUUUGUGAUUUUCUGAAGAAAUUGUAAUAAAAUAUCUGUACAAAUGUGAAACCA